AUGUGUGGACAGCCAAAUUAUGCAACUGGACAAGACAUGGGUAUUGAGCACCUCAUCAAUGCAAUGAAGGCAUACUACAUCCCCAAAAGAGUUGGUGGACACUGGGGACAGCUCUUGACUUAUGCCGCUUUCAUCACCGUGUUGACUAUGAUGAAAACUGGCUUUUCCAGCUGGCAGAAGUCAUUCCAGGAGUGGGUGAGAACAAACCAUUACAAUUUCAAAGAAAAAGAACCAGAACCAAUGCAGCCUGACAAAGAUUCAACAAGUGGAGGCAUUGAGGACCUCCUUGCAAGUAAUGAGUCAAAAGAGGAUGGUGACUCUGAGUUAGAGUCUGUGCAUUCAGAUGUCAAUGACACAGAGCCUAGAGGUGGUAAUGAUGAUGUUGAUGCUGACAUGAGAGACUUUGGAGAGUCCUGA